AUGAAUCAACCAGGAAUAGAAACAGCACUUCAUUUCAUGUUGCUACAUCCGGGUCAACGGGAAAUAUUGGAAAAUAAAAUGAUGACUGAAGAGGAGCUAACAUGCGAGAAACAUUUUCGCAGUACAUAUUCAAGGGCUGCAGAUGGACGAUACCAGGUGGAGCCACCACUUAUAGAAGAAGACCCAAUUGAGAUUGGAAAUUCGAAACAUAUUGCGAUUACCAGACUCUUCGGUAUGGAAAAGCAGUUCUGCAAAAAUCAACAAUUCCAAGAAGACCAUAUCAAAUGUAUUAAUGAGUAUAACAACAUAAACCACAUUCAAAAGGUGGGAUCGAUUGAUUUGGGAAAUGAAAAUCAAAAAAUCAUUUCAAAUUAUUUACCAUAUCACGAUGUCAUCAAGAAGAGUAGCUCCACCACGAAAUUAAGGGUUGUUUUUGAUGCGUCGCGACCUACAUUCAACGGCUCAUCCUUAAAUAAUAAAAUGAUGGAGGGUGCACUCAUCAAGACAACUUGGCCACUCUUUUGCUCCGAUUUCAAAAGCAAAUCAAACUUGCACCUAACCACACCGAUUAUCGGCGAAUAUUUUGCUACACGGGUGUUAAAGCAGCUGACUACGGAUGAAAGGAUCAGAUAUCCUUCAGCAUCGCAGGCAACAUUGGAGUCCUUUUAUAUUGACGAUUUGCUAUCUGGCGCAGACUCACUUGAAGAAGCACUACAAUUUCAGAAACAACUCAUUAACAUGAUGGCUUCGAGUGGGUUUUCGUUACGUACGUGGUCAUCAAAUGCGGCACCAUUCCUGAAGGCGGUUCCCAAGGAGCACCGAGAAAUUGAAUAG